CAGCACCCUGUCAAUCAAUUUUCCAAUGCGGAAUGGUUGAAAUGUCCAAUAUGCGCACCGAGAUGGUUACAGACACACCCUAAAUUGGCGCACCUAAGUUUCGUUUCCCCAAAAAAUCUAGGCACUGCAUUAUUUAACCCGGACCCAGUCUUUUCCCCUGCAGUCACUGAUACAGUCACUGAGGAACCAUGGAACUUCUUACCUUUAUUGCGGUCACAGUAGGAGCAGGGGUAGCGGUGGUCUUUGCUCCAGCUACCCUAGGCGCUGCAGGGUCUGUAGCAGCCGGCAUGAUGGCAUCCGCAGCCACUGCAAGUGGCGGUGGUGUGUUGGCUGGAAGCACCGUUGCCGUUCUGCAGUCGGCAGGUGCAGCAGGGUUAGCUGGGUCUACAACCGCAGUGGUGGCUGGUGUUGGCGGAGCAGUGGGAUGGCUCACCGCUACAGCAGCUGGACUCAUCUCAUGAUCCAAAUAUUGAUGAUUGAUUCUCGUCUAAGACAAUUUUAAUCACAAAGAUCACCUCUUUAAAUAUAUAUAUAUAUUUUAUCCUUUAUUUAGGGAUACAUAUAAACACUUGAUAAGACGGUGAAGGAAUGCUUAGUGUUAAAAAAUAUAUAUUAUUGAAGUUCAUAUCCUCAAUAUUGUGUGCAAUGAAGGCAAAUUAUGACUGACUUGUUCUGUUUGGACAUCUUGGUCAGCUGCACUUUCAAGCCCAGGGCUUUUUUAUACUGUACUUUUUACUUUUUCAUAUUUCAGUUUAAUACAUUCUUUAUCUCAAUCAAAGGUCAAGUGUUGCCAGAUAUAAUGUAAACAUUUGUCUGUCGUCUUUGUCUCUACAUACAGUAUGUGUCAGCUAGGGAUGGAAAUUAGUUUAGUCUUCGCAACAUGAUGUUUUCCAAUUGAGUUGAUUAGGCUGAUGUCUUCAAAUCUGCACCUCACUGGUCUGUUGUACAGUGCAGUGGUGUAAAGUACUUAAGUAAAAAUACUUUAAAUAGUACUUAAGAGGUUUUUUGGAGUAUCUGUCAUUUACUAUUUAUAUUUUUGCCAACUUGUACUUUUACUUCACUACGUUCCUUGUUACGGAUACAGGUAUCCUGGGGGUAUUAGUAGGCGGCUUUCUUCAAAUCUGUACCUCACUGGUAUGUUGUACAGUGGUGUAAAGUACUUAAGUAAAAAAUACUUUAAAUACUACUUAAGAAGUUUUUGGGGGUAUCUGUACUUUAUUUUACUAUUUGCCAACUUGUACUUUUACUUCACUACAUUCCUAAAGAAAAUAAUUUACUUUUUACUCCUUACAUAUUCCUUGACACCAAAAGUGCUCAUUACAUUUUGACAGGAAAAUGGUCCAAUUCACACACUUAUCAAGAGAACCUCCCUGGUACUCCCUACUGCCUCUGAUCUGGCGGGCUCACUAAACAAAUGCUUAGUCAGUAAAUGAUGUAUUGUGUUGGAGUGUUGGAGUGUGCCUCUGGCUAUCAGUAAAUAAAAAAACAAAAAAAUAAA